AUGGCGACGGCAUCUGCAUCGACGCGAGCGCCUCCCAACUCCGGUGGUAGCUCCAAUCCCACGGGUGCUGCCAGCAGCGGCCCCAGCGUCGGUGCUGGAGGACCUGCCUCAUCAAGCGGACCCUCGAAAGUCGCACCCGCAGGCGCGCAGCAGCCGCAGAUCUCGCUGCUCGGAACGCUACCUCUGCACCUCGUCCCGGCCUUGUUGCGGCGGAUCGAGACGCUCGUGACGCUGGCGCCGGAGGUGCUGUGCGAAAAGGAGACCGUGCUGGCGCGCCACGACGACGAGGCCUCCGCCGUACGCGAGACGGGCGACAAUGCGUGGGCGAGCGUAGUCAAGGCGCGGCGUGGCGUCAAGCUUCGUGUUCGCGAAACCGCACGCUCCAACGGCCACACCGAGUGCACGCUCUGCCUCCCACUGCCCAGUCUGCCGGAGCGCCAGUAUCCCCGUGCUUCGGUGCGGCCGAGCUACACCGUCGAGGUGCUUUCCGACACGUCUGGCGCGGCUCAAUGCAAAGCGGGCGAUCCACUGGCAGAUGGUGUGCUGAACUUUGAUCCCGAAAGCUUGGACACGGACACAGCGAAUGGCUGGAAGAGUCUCGUGUCGGCACUUGGAUGGAGACCGCACUUUGCGCUGCUGCGCUAUGGCCUUGCGUACACGCUCAACGCCUCGCUCUUCCGCCACUCGUCCACCGCCACACCGAACCCACUCAACCCAUCCCAGCACACGCGCUACACUCUCAACGUUUAUCGCAUCUUCACACCCGAUCCGUCCGGAUACACUGCCGACUGGACACCGCUCGACCCACAGGCGGCCACGGUGGUGGUUGAGCUCAUCGCCACCGUCGGCGCCCAGCUCGACCAGAGCCACUUCAACCACCACUGCGUCCUCCCGGACCCCGCUGCCACCCCAACGGCAACGGGCGGACUCGAUCCCGACUCCACCAUCGAGUCCGCCAUCGAGUUCGCAGACCACGUCGCAAAACAUCUCCGCGGCCUCGUUGACCUUCGCCGAGAAGCAUUCGACUGA